AUGAACAUGAAGCCACUUAAGAAAAUCCAUCUUCUUCAAUUCUUACUCCUACUCAAUGUCAUAUUAGGUUCUUCUAUACCUCAUCAUAACCACACGAAUAUCAAAACUCAACCUCCUUUCUUGACUUCAAACUCUUCUAUCCAUUCUCUAUUAAGGAUAUCUGUUAACAUUCCAAAUCAUGUACCAGAGAUCUGCAAAGGGUGUCAAGAGCCUAAUGGUAGCUGUAAUGCUGGCUUGAACUGUUUGUGUCAUCCAAAAGAAUGCAAAGACAAGGUGAUCUCUAAGGUUGGGUCCAUAAAGUCUACUGGCUGUGUGUCAUUCUCUUUGAUUUCUUUCAUUGGUACAAUAGCCUUUCUCAUGUAUGCUGAAGUCUAA